GACAGCGAGCCGUACGCAGCAGCAGCAGCAGCAGCAGCUUUGCCCUCAGGGCUUUUCUCCCCGACGUCGACCAUAACUAACAAUUUGGAUUCACCGCGCGGAUGAGGGCAAUUACUGGACUUAAUCUAUCAUAAUGUCUGCUUGCCGAUCGACCGCUAGUCAAAUGAGUUUAGCAAUGACUGCAGAGAUCUGAGUCCACCCCGGGUGCGAGAAGUGGCUGUUUAAAUGAAUCCCAACUCGCAAGAAGAAAAGCACUUUCAUUUCAGCAAGAAGCACAUCGGUGGACAUCAUGCACAGAUGGGAUUUAACACUCAGAAAGCCACUGAGUGCGUUUGAUUUCGGAUUACAGUGACACACAGUACGAGGUUUAUUUUUAAAGAAAAGGGGGAGAUUUUUUAGGAGUGUGCUUCCACUCGCUCCUGUUCGCUAUCCUCCGGAUUCCUGCAGGACUCCAGAGUCGCGAAGAGCCCAUGCAGUCGCCAAGGGAGAGGAGUGAAGUGCGACCCCGAGCUGGAUGGAUGGUUAUGGGGAAAAGAGGAAGACCCUCGGCGCUUGACGUGUGCAGAGUCCUCGCGGUGUUUCUCUCACUAUUCCCGUCCGUGAGCCUGCAGUGUAAGAUCCUGAAGUGUAACUCAGAAUUUUGGGCCUCCACCUCGAACUCUGGUCCCGAGGAGGAGUUUUGCACUGCGCUGCGAGCGUACAACAGCUGUGUACGGCGGACUGCACGAACCUGCAGGGGGGACUUGGCCUACCACUCUGCCCAGCAUGGCAUAGAGGAUCUAAUGAGCCAACACAACUGCUCCAGGGAGGGGCCAACAUCCCAACCACGUUCACGCACCCCAGUUCCUCCUCCAGCCCUGCCGCUCCCACCUGACAGCCAGGAGCGCUCUGACGGCCCAGAAGUGUGCCACUAUGAACGCAGUCUUCCCCGCAACACAGCUCCUCCCAAUUACACCCACUGUGGCUUCUUUGGAGACCCGCAUCUCCGAACAUUUGGGGACGACUUCCAGACCUGUAAAGUGGAAGGAGCCUGGCCUCUCAUCCACAACAAAUACCUGUCAGUCCAGGUGACCAACACUCCUGUGGUACCGGGGUCUAUGGCCACUGCCACAAGCAAGCUGACAAUCAUCUUUAAAAACUUCCAGGAAUGUGUGGACCAGAAGAUGUACCACGCAGAGACAGAUGAGCUGCCGGCUGCUUUUGCAGAUGGCUCCAAGAACGGAGGGGAUCGACAUGGAGCGAACACUCUGCGUGUGGUGGAGAAGGUUGCCGGGCAGCACGUGGAGAUUCAGGCCAGGUACAUCGGCACAACUAUAGUGGUGCGGCAGGUCGGCCGCUACCUGACCUUUGCUGUGCGGAUGCCGGAGGAAGUUGUGAACUCUGUGGAGGAAGGAGAUGACCAGGACUUGUACCUUUGUCUGCACGGCUGCCCCGCCAACCAGCGCAUUGACUUCAGAAACUUCAAGGCUCGAUCGGUGGAGGCCCACAGCACAAGCAGGACCCGCAGCACCGCGGCACAGGGCUUCACCUACCAGUCUGCCAAGGCCAAGUGCAAAGAGCGGCUCCCAGUGGAGGACCUGUACUUUCAGUCCUGUGUGUUUGACCUCCUCUCCUCUGGAGACAUUAACUUCACAAUGGCAGCCUACUACGCCUUUGAGGAUGUAAAAAUGCUCCACUCCAACAGCAAGAGAUACCACAUCUUUGAAAAGGAUGCUUUCAUGAAUAAUGCGCCACAGAGAGGCAAAGAUUUUCUUUCACUCCUUCUCCUCAACGUCCUUGCUGUCAUAUUGUGGAUUGAGUGUUGCACAGCUCAUCUAUAGUCCCCCCACAACAGUAUCCUCAUGGUGUAUCUGUCAGUGAGUGCUAGAGUACCAUCGCCGCGUCGCACAUUGGCUCCUCUCUUCUGCUCUGGUCCUGUGAUGUGACUCUGAGUCUUAUUUUAGUAGUGUUGUCGUGUCUGGACUUCAGUCUAAUGGCGAGACGAGGUCACCGUGCUCCCCACCUUUCAUCACGUGUGUUUAGCUGCUUCAUAGGACUAGUCUUUGAUGAGAGCAGCGGUGAGAGAGCCCCGGCUACUCCAGAGCUCAGGAUAUCCACCUGGGAUUAAAUCCCACAUUCUCACCGGGCCUGCAUGUCGAUGGGAAGCCGGACAAGAUGAUCUUUUGCAGAAAGAAGAGUUUGCUGAUCCUCCCUCUCCUGAUCCACUCAUUGGUGCCAAGCCAGUGAAGCUCUCCGUGCCUCAUGUGGCGAAGCGAGAGGACCUGACAGGGGCUUUUGUUAACCUAAGGCCAGAAGCAGCUAUAUGUUUGAUUAGUUUCCAGCUUUGGAGAAUCCUGAGCCUUUUGGAGGAAGCACUCAGCCAAAAGGAUGUCAGAGCAGCGUCUCCAGUUGUCUGCUGUGGAGAUUAAUGGGUCAUAGUGUGUGUGUGUGUGUGUGUGUGUGUGUGUGUGUGUGUGUGUGUGUGUGUGUGUGUGUGUGUGUGUGUGUGUGUGUGUGUGUGUGUGUGUGUGUGUGUGUGUGUGUGUGUGUGUGUGUGUGUGUGUGUGUGUGUGUGUGUGUGUGUGUGUGUUUAUUCUGAGUCUCUGGUUAAUUGUGUGUGUGUGUGUGUGUGUGUGGGUGCAGGAGCCCCUAGAAAUGGCAGAACAAACCUCUAUUGGGAGGACUCUUUCCCAUGUCUUGCUGUUGCACCCGAAAUCUCCGAAAUAGAAAAGACGAGGCGCUCCACAGUCCUGUUAAAAAUAGCCUCUGUUAGCCUAGUAGCAAUCCCUUAAGGGGACUGAUAAUAAUAACUAUUUUCUUCUUCAGUGUCAUACGGCCUUUCACUCCAUUGUUUCAGCCGACAUGUUGAUCAGACAGUGUUUUUGUGUUUAAUGUCUGUAAUGUGAAUGUAGCUAACAUGAAAAGCAGAAGAACAACCUUAGUUAAGGGCACUCGUUUACAGAAUGUAGAUCAGCCAAUCCAACUGAGACACCUCUUUGAUAGCAUUUUGUGAAUUGUUUCUCCAUUGGUGUGGAUACUGUCAGUACUAGCUAUAAAGACGUCACCUCUAGUCAAUUCAGCUUUUUAUGGACUACCAGUGUGCUGCUGAGCUGUAAACGAUAAGCAUACGUCUGUAGACGUGCUUCCAUGGCUUAAGUCAUUGCCAAAGAACAAGCCCUUGUGCCAACAUUUUCCUUACAUCUGAAUUUCCAUCUUUCAGUCUUAAAAUUUCACAUAAGAGGGAUUCAGAACUGUAUACAACUUGUGUUUGUGGGUGAUUUGCAGUACAGUAACACUCUGUAAAAGCAGCAUUAGUUUCAGUUAAAGCAGUCUCACCUUUGCUUUUCUCGUGUUUCAUGAUAACACUUUUAGUUGAACUUUGGCUCUCACCUGCAGUAUCCGUGCAUGUGUAAGUCACCUGUUACUACUCGGGCACAGUUUCACACUCAUUUAACUUUUACACUGAAGUAUUUGGCAGGCCUUACUACUGCUAUUUGGAACAUGUAUUGCAAAAAAAAAUCAUAAAAAACAAAUGAUUGUAAUGUUGAAUCUUGUGUUAAUAGCUGUAAUUUGUGUUGUGAGUUUUACAGUAUAUGGUUCUACAUGUGAAAUGUGAGAUUGUACAUAUGUUUUGUGAGUUUGAAUUUGUAUAUUACCAGUUGUGUUUUGAAUUUAUCACUCCUGUUUUUGUACAUCAGAUGUUUUGGUGAAUGUGAACCUUUUUUAUUUGAAAGGGAUUUUUGAAAAAGCAUGAACACCACAGAACAAAAUACUAGUACUUAACACAGUAUACUCACUUACUGUAGUGGUUGUGGAGAGAGUGAUAAAAUGCUGGGUGUCAUUACUUUACAUAAAACAUGUUUAAUGCAGCCCACCUUAUCUAGAAAGGGAAUGUAGGAACAAGUUCUGGGGUGUUCAUGUUUUUGAAUCUAAAGCACUUUAUGUUUUCAUUUCCAUUUAGCUCUUAUUUUGUUUAUAAUUCUGUGUCAGACUUGUAAUGGUAGAAAAGAGUUUUAAAAAAAGCUAAAUGGGAAAUGCCAGAAAGAUCAAACUGUGUUUGUAUGUAAGGCAAAUGUGGUGCCACACGCCAGCUGUUUAUAAUGUAAAUUAUUUAUUGAAUAAAAGAAAAUGUCUUGUUAA